AUGACAAUCAGUCACAACACAUUAGCUUUAACCUUUGGCAUGUUGGGUAACAUCAUUUCCUUCUUGGUAUUCUUGGCUCCAAUAUCAACAUUUUACCGCAUAUACAAGAAGAAAUCAACAGAGGGUUUUCAGUCAUUGCCUUAUCUGGUGGCUUUGUUCAGCUCCAUGCUUUGGUUAUACUAUGCAUUACUCAAAAAAGAUGCUUUUCUUCUCAUUACUAUCAACUCAUUAGGUUGUGUUGUAGAAACCAUCUACAUCAUAUUGUAUAUCAUUUAUGCACCAAGAGAUGCAAGGAACUUAACUUUCAAGCUGGUUUCGGUGAUGAACGUUGGAUCCUUUGCUUUGAUUCUGUUAGUGACAAACUAUGUGGUGCAUGGUUCAGUUCGUGUUCAAGUUCUUGGAUGGAUUUGUGUUUUUCUAUCUGUUAGUGUCUUUGCAGCACCACUAAGCAUUGUGGCACAAGUUGUUAGGACAAAGAGUGUUGAGUUUAUGCCUUUCAAUUUAUCUUUUACUCUCACAUUGAGUGCCACAAUGUGGUUUGGUUAUGGUCUAUUCCUCAAGGACAUAUGCAUUGCUCUUCCAAAUGUGGUGGGAUUUGGAUUGGGAUUAGUUCAGAUGUUGGUGUAUGCCAUUUAUAGGAAUCGCGGUGAAAAAGUGAUUAAAAAGGAAAAGAAAGCACCAAUUGAGCCACUCAAAAGUAUUGUUGUAGAGAGCAAAGUGGAGAAAAUUGAAUCGGAGAAGACGAACAAGGAUGAUGAUAAUGUGGAAAAGAAUAAAAGUGAGGAUCCUAUAGCUUGCAUUGUCUAA